GCUUCCAGACGCAGCCCCAGCCUCACUUCGCACGACAGCACCGCCCGCACUUUACGGCCAGCGGAAAGCGGAAGCGGAAGCUAGACCCGGGUUGCGAUGGCGACGGCUUCGGAGUUGCCGGACUGGCUACUUGUGGAGAUUCUGUCCUUCGUACCUGUCCGGGACCGACUCCGGAGCUCCAGGGUGUGUAAGCGCUGGCGGAGGCUAGUUCUGGACAAGACUCUAUGGAAACGCUUGGAUAUGAGUCCUUACAGGGUAAGACCGAGACCUGGUGCUUGGGGCCCAUCCACCCUUGGGAAGGGGGACCGCAGUCCUGGGUUGGCGGAAAGCGGGGCGCUUGUUUGGGGGCUCCCUGGGACAGGGCUCGGCCAUCCCCCGCCUUCUCCCCGACAGGUCGGGCCCAAGGUGCUGUGGCAGCUGCUGCGGCAGUACCUGGGCUCGGGGCUGAGGACGCUCAAGGUGCGAGGCCGCCUGCUCUCCGGGCCCCGGGCCCCUCUGUUGUCCCCGGCCCUGCUGCAGGAGCUGGGGAAGCGCUGCCCGCACGUGGCCUGCCUCAGCCUCCUCGAAGAGGACCUCCGCAAAAUCCCUUUCUCAUGCCUGCCACGUUCCCUUCGGUGCCUGGAACUGCAGUCGUGCGAGCUCCCCCAGGCCUGGUUUCCCCAGGGGAAUGCCCCCUCAAGUCUGCCCCACCUCGAGCACCUGGUGCUGGACCGGGUCCCGGCCUUCUCAGACGUGCAACUGCGGGCCCUGCCUCGGCAAGGGGCGCUGUGCUCCCUGGUGCUGAGGGUCACCUACAGGGUGACCCACCAAGGACUACGCGAUGCCCUGCCUGGCCUCAGCAACCUCCGGCUGCUCGAGCUGUGUGGAUGCUCCGUGUCUGCUGAUGGGGCCCUGCAGGCCAUGGGAAGCUUCCUGCCCAGACUAAGGGAGCUCAGGCUGACUGUAACUGGGCUCACAGCCAAGGGGCUGGCCAUCCUGGUGGAGAUGCAAACCUUAGAGAUCCUGGGCCUCCUAGGACCACCACCUACCCCGGAUGAGCUUUCAGCCAAGGACAUCCUCACUUUCUGCCUCAUGUUGCCCAACCUCAGAGUCCUCAGCCUUCAGGGCAUGGGCCUGGGGUCAGCAGAUGAGGCUAUCCUUAGGGAGGGCCUGGUUCACUGUAUCAUCACUGUUGGGGAGCUCCCUUUGGGAGGCCUAAGCUAACAGCCCCUCACUUUCGGACUAGAAGUAUUCAGGGUCCACUGAAACACUUGAAGAAGUGGAGAAAGGUAACUCUGCUAUGUGACAUUGGGCAAGCUGUUUUCCCCUCUGCACCAAAUUUUCUUAAUCUGCAAGAUAACCAGGUUGGGUUUGAAAAUCACUUGUGUCCCUUCUAGCUCUAAAACCAAUAUUCUCAAAUGGAACUCUGAGUUCCAGGAUCUGCAAAUAUUUAUACUAUGGGGUUCAGAGAGGGCUGAGGCUUGGGAGGCUUCUCAGUAUCUCCCGCCUAUCUUUUUUCUCUACCUCCAUUUUCAUCCUUUCUCCCAAGGAGGCACCUUCAUCUCUUGGGAUAGAGGGCAAAGAACAUUUGUGGUCAAGGUUUGUCCAAAAAUGAGUUUUUAGGACAGGUUUGGGACAUUUCAACCAGUCUGGAUUUUUGAUAAUGACACUCAGGAUUCCCAACUCAGGAGGCUGGAAUGAGGGUGGUUCAAGAGUAGAGCUGAUGGUUAGGAUGUUCUCUGGCUUCCUGGCUGGAGUUGGUUGCUGCUUUUGUCCUUGGUCAUCCUAUUUUCACUUCUUGGUUUGGUUUGGCCUUGAGCAAAGCAGCCCAGCCGUCUAGGAGAAGGUACUAGUACUCUUCUCAUCCUUCUCUUCUUAGGGCUCCACUUCACCCCUAUUCCCCAGCCACUUGAGUUGGAAAACAAUGCCCUAGAGAUUCUCACCCUUUCAUUCUGAAAUGUCUGCCCUGGAGCCUCACCUGGCCCUCAGUUUUAGGCAGGAUCUAGCCUUGCCUCACUACAUACAAAUAUUUGCACAGGAACUUGAGCUCACCUCUAGCCUUGUGGGUCUAAGUAUAUCUUACCCUAUGUCUCCCUUCUGAAACCACAAAGUUAUCCCUGCUGUAGUUGUUAGGAGUGUCAGUCUAUUCCAAUGCCCCCCAUUCACCGUAUCUGUAACUUUCCAGACCAAAAUGCCCUUCUGCAUUAGACUGUAGGCUUCUUGAAGACUGGGGCUGGCUGUUUUUGUAUCCUCAGUACUUAGCAAGGUGAUACUGUAACAAAGGCUUUUUUUUUUAGUGAGGCAAUGGGGGUUAAGUGACUUGCCCAGGGUCACACAGCUAGUAAGUGUUAAGUGUCUGAGGCUGGAUUUGAACUCAGGUACUCCUGACUCCAGGGCCAGUGCUUUUCCACUGCGCCACCUAGCCGCCCCAACAAAGGCUUUUGAACACCAUCAUUCCUUCAAAGACUGGAUCUUUAACUCGGCUCUUCAUACAAAAUGCCGAAUGCCUCCAAUUCCUGCGUUAUUCCCCUAUUGGGGUUCUUUGGGGAUGCAUGUUGUUUUACUUCAGACUUACCCAGUAUCCUGGGCUUUCUUUUGGGGAGGUGAGCUAGGCUGGACCUGCUGGUUUGGGGCCAGAGGGAGUUUUUCCUGAAUCUCUUGAAUUAGGCCAGAAUCUCUGAAAGAGUUCCUCAAAGUGUCCACCAACAAUCAUUUAUUAAAUGUCUACUGUGUGCCAGUACUAGGGAUAGAAGAAAAUGAUGGACUGAUUCAAAGCCAAAAGUGAGAUCCUGCUCUCAAGGAGCUUGCAUUGUGUAUAAAAAUACAACACAUACACAUAUAAGUAAAUUAAGUCAUUGCCAUCAGAACUGGAAGAGAUCCUGAAAUCGCUUUUAGGUAGAUGAGGUAUUCAGUCAGCAAACCAACUUCCUAGACUUACUGAUGGAGAAGAGGGCAGGAUAGGGAGGGACAGGAGAUUGUAAAACCCACUUCCAGUGAUUUAAUCACAUUGAUCUGCAUAGUAAAAGGGUGUCAGCAAAGUCUAAUGUGGCUGUAUUAGGGAACUCCUCAGUUCCAGUUGAAGAAUGCCCUCAAAGGAUGGCGCUGAUGACACCUGGCAGAAGAUGAAGGUAGAGUAGCUUAUUCCUCAGGCUACCCUUCACUUCCAUCCCAACCUAAAGCUGAUGGGGCCACAGAUACAUCUGUGGAUAUAAGGAGAGAAGCAAUAAUGUGCUGAAAAUCAGAUCUCUAUACCCUGUUCUGUGUUUCUGGCUACCUGAAAGACAAGUAAGAAAAGAGACUAGGAGAUUAAUUUGAGCAGUCUGCUGUCCUGGAAUGAUGUUCUAAGUCUGGAUAGGGACACAGGGUGGCUCAAUGGUUAGGCUCUUCUUUACACUGGUUGGAAAAUCAUAAAUGUAUGAUGAGGCUGCUUUUACAUUUAAUAGGUAUGGAUGGUGAGGAGUUGUAAGGCUUGAGUGGCAAUCACAGACUUAGGCACUAAAUUAUUUUUUGCUUUAAAGAUGGGAAUUAUUGUGAGCUCAGAUUAUCCGGAGUGCUACAGAAUCCACUCCUCACCUCCACCCACCCAAAAAAGGUGUGGAGAGAAUACCCAAGGCCAGGAAUGUAGGAAUUAUAGUUGAUAUGACUUAACCUCAAAAAAUCCUCUAAAUUAGGACUUUGGUCCAUUUCAGAGAGCAGGAAACUGAAGCAGAAAGGCAAGAUAGCGCUUGCCUGAGGUGACCACAUUGCAAGACUCUAGUGACCUUUCUCACAGAUUGUGGUCAAAUUGUGGGGGAGGGAACAGUAUAGAAGGGAAGUCUGCCUUUAUCUCUUUACUAAGACCACAUUUGUUUGUCUUAAGACCCUCAAAACCCAUAUUGUGACAUCAGCAAGCUUGGGGUUGGGGGUAGGGAUGUAAUUAACUUGUAUUAGUAACAGUCACAAAAAUUCCUAUUAGACUAUGAAGGCUGGAAGGGAUUCUACAGUCAUUUCUCAGAAUUUAACUGACUUGUCCAAGGUUACACAGCAAGUUAAUAUAAAAGUUGGAGCUAGAAGCCAGGUCUCUCAUGUCCUAGCCUAAAUCAUGCUGCCUUCUACUGACUCCCUGACCUAAAGGAUUUGUUGUCCUAAGGAUUUUCCUAAAUCAUCCAGAGCCAGCACUAUCUCCAAAGAGCCAAUUCCUUGUAUCAGUGGGAAGGUGAUCCAAGUGCCAUAUGUCUACUAGGAAAUGUCUUUGUGCAUACCCUUUUUCAGAUUGUGAAUAAAAAUGUUUACCAAUCUC